AGUCUGCAACAAGCCCAGACCUCUCCCGCCUAGACCUAUAAUUACCCCAAUCUGUAAGCAGGGGUGGACUCCAGCGCUAGCUGGUGUCCCCAUCUACAGGCCUUUGUUCAAUAAACCUGUGUUGCCGUAGAGCCAUCUCCAUUCCGUUCCUUCUCCCUUCCUUGCUCUCAGUUCUGAAACCCGGGACGAGGCUUGGGUUCACUUGGAGGAAUCCCUUUUUGCAACCUGGGAAGCAGUGAGCAGCGGCAGCUCAUCCCAGGAGGCUCCAGCAAGGAUCACUCCAAUUACUGGACAUCAUAUCCAACACCAGUCUCCGAUUUCUGGAUGGUCGCUGCAAUUACAGGUGAAGUGAUAACCACUUCCCAGCAAAAAGGUGAGAUCAGGGAGUUCCAAAUCUUUAUCUCAGGUUCAGAUGUCCUUUCCACACCUGUACAGAUGCCGUCACUCCACCAUUCUGACACCAGAUGCCAAGACCAGUGAUGGUAUAGAACACUGUAUUAGAGACAUGGAUCUGGGGCUGGAUGAAGAUUCCAUCAGUAAUUCAAUCAACAGACAAGUGUUAUCCAAUCACGUCUUUAAAUCAAUCACUGACAUGGAGCUGGGGCUGGAUGAAGAUUCCAUCAGUAAUUCAAUCAACAGACAAGUGUUAUCCAAUCACGUCUUUAAAUCAAUCACUGAUCCCAGCCCCUAUAAAAGGGAGCAGCCUUAGGAGGCACAUCAGAUAAACCCAGUGUGGAAAGCUAGUCACACAUCAGCUCAGUGUUCGGCCCGGGAUUACCCAGUCAACCAAGAAGGAGCUUGCAGUUUUAAAGAAUCUACCAACUGUUGAAACAAAUCCCUAGAGACACAAGGCAAGAGACUGAAUCAUCAAAGUAAAGUCUCUCUGAGAAUUAUUGCUAAGAAUGGCUUUAGAUCUAAGAACCAUAUUUCAGUGUGAACCAUCCGAGAAUAAUCUUGGAUCAGAAAAUUCAGCAUUUCAACAAAGCCAAGGACCUGCUGUUCAGAGAGAAGAAGGGAUUUCUGAGUUCUCAAGAAUGGUGCUCAAUUCAUUUCAAGACAGCAAUAAUUCAUAUGCAAGGCAGGAAUUGCAAAGACUUUAUAGGAUCUUUCACUCAUGGCUGCAACCAGAAAAGCACAGCAAGGAUGAAAUUAUUUCUCUAUUAGUCCUGGAGCAGUUUAUGAUUGGUGGCCACUGCAAUGACAAAGCCAGUGUGAAAGAGAAAUGGAAAUCAAGUGGCAAAAACUUGGAGAGAUUCAUAGAAGACCUGACUGAUGACAGCAUAAAUCCACCUGCCUUAGUCCACGUCCACAUGCAGGGACAGGAAGCUCUCUUUUCUGAGGAUAUGCCCUUAAGAGAUGUCAUUGUUCAUCUCACAAAACAAGUGAAUGCCCAAACCACAAGAGAAGCAAACAUGGGGACACCCUCCCAGACUUCCCAAGAUACUUCCUUAGAAACAGGACAAGGAUAUGAAGAUGAACAAGAUGGCUGGAACAGUUCUUUGAAAACUACUCAAGUAAAUGAAAAUAUUACUAAUCAAGGCAAUCAAAUAGUUUCCCUAAUCAUCAUCCAGGAAGAGAACGGUCCUAGGCCUGAAGAGGGAGGUGUUUCUUCUGACAACCCAUACAACUCAAAAAGAGCAGAGCUAGUCACUGCUAGAUCUCAGGAAGGGUCCAUAAAUGGAAUCACUUUCCAAGGUGUCCCUAUGGUGAUGGGAGCAGGGUGUAUCUCUCAACCAGAGCAGUCCUCCCCUGAGUCUGCCCUUACCCACCAGAGCAAUGAGGGAAACUCCACAUGUGAGGUACAUCAGAAAGGAUCCCAUGGAGUCCGAAAAUCAUACAAAUGUGAAGAAUGCCCCAAGGUCUUUAAGUAUCACUGUCACUUAUUAGCUCACCAGAGAAGACACAGGAAUGAGAGGCCAUUUGUUUGUCCCGAGUGUCAAAAAGGCUUCUUCCAGAUAUCAGACCUACGGGUGCAUCAGAUAAUUCACACAGGAAAGAAGCCUUUCACAUGCAGCAUGUGUAAAAAGUCCUUCAGCCACAAAACCAACCUGCGGUCUCAUGAGAGAAUCCACACAGGAGAAAAGCCUUAUACAUGUCCCUUUUGUAAGACAAGCUACCGCCAGUCAUCCACAUACCACCGCCAUAUGAGGACUCAUGAGAAAAUUACCCUGCCAAGUGUUCCCUCCACACCAGAAGCUUCCUAAGCUGCUGGUCUGAUAAUGUGUAUAAAUAUGUAUGCAAGUAUGUAUAUUCCUAUAGUAUUUAUCUAAUUAGGAUACAAGAUAUAAUCUCCUGAUUAUGCUUUCAAUUUAUUGUAUUGCUUCAUUAAAAUGUAAGGCUAAGGAGAGCAUGGAAUUUGUCAGUUUUGUUCACUAAAGUAUUCCAAGUGGUUGGGAAAGUGGAACAUUUCCAAGAACCAAUAAAUUUCUGUUGAAUAAAUGAAUGAAUCCAUAAUGUUGAUAU